AUGAAGGUUGGGAUAAAUGGAUUCGGAAGAAUCGGGAAGCUAGUUUAUAGGAUUCUGAACGAGAGAGGAAUGCAUGUGGAGGUGGUCAAUGAUCCGUUUGUUACGCCUGAGUAUGCAGAGUAUCUUUUAAAGUACGACACUGUGUUUGGGAGGAGGAGUGAGUAUAAGCUUAAGGAUGGCAGGAUGUGGAGUGGCGAAAAAGCAACAGUUCUAACAAGCUUUAAAAGGCCUGAUGAGAUACCAUGGAGCAAGUAUGGAGUGGAUGUGGUUGUGGAAGCAAGCGGUGUGUUUACAACAGUCAGUGAGUGUGAGGGGCAUAGAGAUGUUGCAGCAGUGCUGAUAACUGCGCCAAGCAAGGAUGCGCCUAUGUUUGUGUAUGGAGUUAACCAUCAUGAUUAUAGCAUGCAAAGGAUUAUCAGCAAUGCAAGCUGCACAACAAAUUGCCUGGCGCCAUUGGCCAAGGUACUGGAUGACAACUUUGGAAUUGUUGAAGGACUGAUGACUACUGUGCAUGCAGUCACAGCAACACAGAACAUAGUUGAUGGAAUGGGCAAGUGCCGUAGAAGCGGGAGGUCUGGAAUGAGCAACAUCAUUCCUUCAAGCACAGGGGCUGCAACGUCUGUUGGAAAGGUUAUUCCAUCACUGGCAAGCAAGCUGAAUGGAAUGGCAAUGAGAGUCCCGGUAUCGAAUGUAAGUGUGGUUGAUUUAGUGUGCAGAACACAGAGAGAGGCAACAAUUGAGCAGAUAGCUGAUGCCGUGGGCAGGUACUCUAUGGAAAACAACGGAAUCAUGGGAACAACAAGAGACUGUGUUGUAAGCAGUGACUUCAUUGAGGACUCAAGAAGCUCUGUAUUUGAUGUUGGCGCAAGCAUGGCAAUGGGAACCAACUUUUUCAAGCUUAUAUGCUGGUAUGACAAUGAAUAUGGAUAUUCAUGCAGAGUGUGCGACCUGUUGCAAUAUGUCUAUAUGAGACAAACACAGAAAUAA